UCCGUGUUGACGUGUUGGCGUCGGUGGGAGUAAAACAAGUGCUGAAAACAUGACUACGAUGGCAGAUACUAAGGCAGAUAUUGCAGGCGAUAACCCCCUGACUCAAAGCAGUAGCAGUGUAACAUCUCAGCCGAACAACCCCCUGUCAAGGAAGCUUAAUAAAAUUUUGGAAACGAGACUGGACAAUGAUAAGGAAAUGCUGGAAGCGUUGAAGGCACUGUCGGUGUUCUUCACUGAAAACAGUCUACGGACAAGAAGGAACCUACGUGGUGACAUAGAGCGACGCAGCUUGUCAAUCAAUGAAGAAUUUGUUCGAAUAUUCAAGGACGUCAAAGAGGAGCUUGAAAGUGUUCAUGAAGAUGUCCAGGCUAUGAGCACAUGCUGUGAAGAAAUGACCAGCAGACUGAAAGCUGCCAAGGAGCAAACGCAAGACCUGAUUGUGAAAACCAACAAGCUCCAGGGUGAAAAUCAUCGUCUGGAGGUGCGUUCUCAGGUGGCCCAGGCCUUCCUUGGGAAGUUCCAGCUGUCCAGUGAGGAGAUGGCCACCCUCCGCACCGCCAGAGACGGACCAGUCACUGAGGACUUUUUCAAAGCUUUGAAUCGGGUGAAGCUUAUUCAUGAAGAUGUAAAAGUUCUACUGCGGACAAACCAGCAAACAGCCGGAUUGGAGAUCAUGGAACAGAUGGCAAUUUUGCAGGAGGCAUCCUAUGAACAGCUCUACCGCUGGGCACAGAAUGAGUGCAGGGGUCUGACCCAGGAGACUUGUGACAUCACCCCUGUGCUGAGUCAGGCAAUGGAGGCUCUGCAGGACCGACCAGUACUGUACAAGUAUACACUAGAUGAGUUUGCCACAGCUAGGAGGAGUGCAGUGGUGCGGGGCUUCAUCGACGCUCUGACGCGAGGAGGAGCAGGAGGAACACCAAGACCUAUAGAGAUGCACUCACACGACCCUAUGAGGUAUGUGGGUGACAUGUUGGCAUGGCUUCACCAGGCUACAGCCUCAGAGAAGGAGCACCUAGAGGCCCUACUCAAACAGGUCAACAUACAAGGGGUGGAGGACAACAUGCAAGAGGUGGUGGGCCACAUCACAGAGGGAGUGUGCAGGCCAUUGAAGAUGCGUAUCGAGCAGGUGAUCGUGGCAGAGCCUGGUGCUGUGCUGUUGUACAAGCUCUCCAACCUGCUGAAGUUUUACCAUCACACCAUUAGUGGCAUUGUGGGUACGAGUGUGGCAGCUCUCCUGAUGACCAUGGAGGAGAUGCAUGUUCUCAGCAAGAAGAUGUUCUUCAACAGCCUCAGCCUUCAUGCCAGCAAACUCAUGGACAAGGUGGAGUUGCCUCCUCCAGACCUGGGCCCCACGGCGUCUCUAACCCAGACCCUUGCCCUGCUGAGGGAGGUGCUGGCCUCCCACGACUCCUCUGUGGUGCCCUUGGAUGCCCGCCAGGCGGAUUUUGCCCAGGUGCUGUCGUGCAUCCUGGACCCCCUGCUGCAGCUGUGCACAGUGUCUGCCAGUAACCUGGGCACGGCGGACAUGGCCACCUACAUGGUCAACUGCCUCUACAUGAUGAAGACCACGCUGGCCCUCUUCGAGUUCACAGACAAACGAUUGGAGAUGCUGGAGUUCCAGAUCGAGGCCCAUCUGGACACAUUGAUAAAUGAGCAAGCCUCAUACGUGCUGACCAGAGCCGGACUCAGCUACAUAUACAGCACACUACAGCAACACACACCUGAACAGGGUGCCCUGGCCAACCUGCCCAGCAUGGACAGCACAUCACUCAAGGGUGCCAUGGUGCAGUUUGAUCGCUACCUGUCGUCUCCAGACACGCUGGUGAUGCCACAGCUCAACUUCCUCCUCAGCGCCGCCAUCAAGGAGCAGAUCUUCCGCCAGUCCACGGAGCUGGUGUGCCGGGCGUACGUGGAGGUUCAUGCGGCCGUGACCAACCCUUCCAACGGCUACAAGGAACCCGAGAGCCUGCUGCUCCGCUCCCCACAGCAGGUGCAGGCCCUGCUGUCCUGAGGGAGAGACCCUGUGGCAGCCCCAUCAGCCUGGCCUUCUUGUCCUCAGGGGCCCCUGUAACCACCAACCACCAUCACCAUCAGACUGGCCUGUCGUCCUGAAGGGGAGACCCUGUGGCAGUGUCACCAGGCUGGGCUGUUAUUUUCAAGGGGUCCCCUACAAAAACCAACCACCAACCACUGCCAUCAUCAGGCUGCCUUGCUGUUCUGAGGGACAUCCCAAUGUCCUGUUUUCUGAGGGGGCCCUAAAAGCACCAUCAAUCAACAACCACAACCAACAACCACAGCCAAGAACGAGCUGGCCUGCUUUCCUCCAUCAAGCUGGGCUGGUUUCCUGAGGCCCCCUGCAAGCACCACCACCACCACCACCAGGCCGGCUUGUUGUCCUGAGAGAGAUCCCAUCACAGUGCCACCAGGCUGGGAUGUUAUUUCCCAGGCGUCCCCUACAAGCAGCAGCCACCAGGUGGGCAGGCAAAGCUUAACCACCAACUGGCAGCAAUUUGCCGCAUUGUGCCCUUUUGUGGAUGCCCAUAACACACACACACGCACACACGCACACACACACACACACACACACACGCACACAGAAAGAGAGAGAGAGAGAGACACACACACACACACACACACACACACACACACACACACACACACACACACACACACACACACACACACACACACGCAGACACACACAGGUGUCUAUGGCCCCUGGAGACUAUGGUGAACCUGCAGGAAGGAGAGUGUGUGAGAUGAAGAGAAAAACAAGAGUGCUCAUGGUUAAGAGACAGGAGCACAGCUUGUUACUGACUGCUAGACUGACUGGCCUGGUGUUGGAAGAUGGUGUAUCUAUCUACUUUACUGUAUAUUGGUGAUUGUUUUUGUGUGUGUGUGUGUGUGUGUGUGUGUUUGUGUGUGUGUGUGUGUGUGUGUGUGUGU